AUGGCAGGAAGAAUUAAUAGCCUAGUUAGCUCCCUCCCCAAGUUUGGGCAUGCUGGUGCAACCAUUGCUAGGGCUCGUGUAUGGAACCCUAGGGUUUUUGCAGCUGUUACCCCUAGGCCUAUCCAAGUACCACCUCAUAAUAAGGCAGAAGGCACAGCACCUGGUACUGAUGGCAUGACGAGGCAAGAAACAACUGAAACUGUUUUUAACAGCAUGAAUGAUACUACCCAGCAAGACAAGUCUUAUUCCACAGCUGAACAUGUGGCACACAGGGCAGUAGACAAGGCAGGAGAAAUGGCAAAUCAAGUGUCACAAACAGCACAAAACAUAAGUGAGAAAGCAAAACAAACAAUGCAAGAAGCAUGGGACACAACAAAGAGCACAGCCAAUAGGGCAGCAGCACAUACCAUCACUGAUAAGGCAAAGCAAACCAUGCAAGAUGCUUGGGCAUCUACCCGUAACUCUGCUAAUAGGGCUGCUGAUUCUGUUCUUGAAAAGGCUCAAGAUUCUGCUGAUGCUGUCAAGGAAAAUGCUGAGGCUAUAAGGAGGAACAUCAAGAAGAACUAA